GUCACUGUUGUCUUUUGUCACUUGUCAAACAGAGUUUGUUUACCUUAUUCAGAUUGUUUGAUUCCAAAAAUGUUGAUUGAUUUUCUAGUAAUGUUUUUAGGACACUAAUAUUAAAUCAUAAUUUCUAACACACUUACCAUUCCCCUAUCGAAAUGGCUAAUACAGACACCAUACAAGUCAGUUCUCUGCCCUUACCUCCUAUGCAGUAUGUGAACCAGUACACAGACGAGCUGAUCAGACGUGGAAGAGCCCCAAAACCUCCUCCACCAAUCACUGACACCUAUCACAUGUUCGGCAAUGCCUUCAACACCGAAGAAAGUAUAAUCAGACCUCUUGAAAGCCAGGGCAUCAAAAGACUGUACCCUCUCCAUUUUGACAGACGUAGAGAAUUGAAAAAGCUGAACCAGUCUUUGCUGGCCAAUUUUCUGGACUUGUUGGAUUUGCUGGUGAAUUGCCCUGAUUCGCCUAGGAGGGCUGAGAAAGUGGAAGAUUUGAGUCUUCUGUUCAUCCAUAUUCAUCAUUUGCUGAACGAAUUCAGGCCCCACCAGGCAAGGGAAACUCUAAGGGUUAUGAUGGAGUUGCAGAAAAGACAAAGGAUUGAAACUGCUAAUAGGUUCCAAAAACACUUGGACAAAGUUAUGGACAUCUUACAACAAGCCAUUCAUAAUCUUCCCGAACCCAUGGAAUUUGACUCCAAAUUGAUGAUUGAAACAGAUCUUUUGAUGAACAAGGAAAAAGAUGAAAAUGCAGAUGGAAAUGCUGAUCCCUGCUUCAUUGGUGAUAGAAUAAUGUGCAGUAUUGUAGAUAAUAUGCAGUGAUAUUUUUAGUUUUACAUUUGUAUUUGAUAUAAGGUUUUUUAUGUAGGUUCUUAAGUUUGCUGAUUAUAAUUUAGUUUAGAUGCUC